AUGGAUGAAACUGAAGAAGAGUCAAAAAAGUUUCAUCAGUUUGGUUUAGACAUCCGUUUGAUUCGUGCGAUUGAAGAACUUGGGUGGAAGUCUCCUACGUUGAUUCAAGAGAAGGCGAUUCCUUUGGCUCUUCAAGGAAAAGAUAUUCUUGCCAGGGCGAGAACCGGAUCCGGAAAGACCGCUUCCUUCGCAGUCCCGAUCAUACAAAAGAUUCUUCAAGCUAAACAGUCUACCGGUAAACAAUGCAUUCGAGCAAUUAUUCUGGCGCCGACAAAAGAUCUCGCCACGCAAAUAUGCAAACAUAUGAAUGCGCUGUGCGCAUUUUGCUCAAAGGACGUCGUUUGUCUUGAUUUGGUGAAGCAGGAACAUGACACUGUGCAGACCAUCAUACUGUCUGAAAAUCCGGAUAUUCUGGUUAGCGUUCCCGGUCGAUUGCUGCAUCAUCUGAAACAAGGCCAUCUGUCGUUGAAAGAAACGUUAGAAUAUUUUGUUAUCGAUGAAGCGGAUCUCACAUUGUCUUUCGGAUAUGAGGACGAUCUUAAGCAGAUAAUAAGCUAUCUUCCGGUGGCAUACCAAGCGUUUCUCGUCUCGGCUUCGAUGACUGACGAAGUUCUUGCGCUGAAGAAGUUAGUUCUGCAUAACGCUGUAAUUCUGAAGCUGGAAGAGUCACAGUUGCCUCCUAAGUCUCAGUUGGUGCAGUAUUUGAUACGCUCUGAACGCGAUGACAAAUUCACAAUCAUCUAUGCGCUGUUCAAAUUGCGUCUCAUUCGCGGAAAGACUAUUGUCUUCGCUAACACGAUCGACCGUUGUUACAAGCUAAAGUUGUUCCUCGAUCAGUUCGGCAUCCCAUCUUGCGUUCUCAACUCUGAAUUACCAGUGAAUUCAAGGUGUCACAUAAUUGACCAGUUCAAUAGCGGACUUUACGAAGUUAUCAUCGCCAGCGAUCAGAGUUCUGUGGAGACAAGCUCAUCGAAGCGAAGUAAAAGUGCAGCUGGGAAAACAACGAAAAGGCGUAUACAUGAAGAUGAUGCUGUGGUGUCGCGUGGAAUAGACUUUAAUCAGGUGUCGAAUGUGAUCAAUUUCGAUUUUCCAAGGACCGUCGAAGAUUACGUUCACAGAGUCGGUCGUGUGUUCGAGUGGAUGAUUUCCCAAUUAAGGACUGCGAGAGCUUGGAAUCAAGGUAAUGCUCUAUCGUUCGCGUCUUCAAAUGAACUGAAACUUGUGGAAAACGUGCGUCAAGUUCUUUUGGAGCAAAAUCGUGAAGACGUGUUAAAGCCGUACCGGCUUAACAUGGACGAGUUGGACGGCUUUGCAUACCGCGCCGGGGACGCCUUAAGAUCAGUGACUAGCAUUGCGAUCAAAGAUGCAAGAGUUCGAGAAAUAAAGGACGAAAUUUUACGGAGCAAAAAAUUGAAGAUGUUGCCAGUAGUGCAGUACGUGAAUUUCAAUGAGGAUCAGGAUUGUUUCAUAUGCGGUCUCGACCGUGGCCUCAAGAUCUACAAUGCCGAGCCUUUGACAGAGAAACUAUACUUGGACGUGCGAACGAUGGGUAGCGUGAAAUUAUGCGCGAUGCUACAUCGUACAAAUAUCGUGGCUGUCGUUGGCGGGGGGCCGCUGGCAAAGUUCUCCGAAAAUUCGGUCCUCAUCUGGGACGACGCGAAGAAGACUUUCGUCGUCGAGCUGUGUAUGCCUUCCGAGGUGGUCAACGUCAAGAUGUCGUAUCACAAGAUCGUUAUCGUGCUUAAGAAGCAAAUUCACGUGUUCUCUUUUCCCGGAAAGCCAGAGAAAAUAGCGUCUUUCGAAACGGUCGAAAAUCCUCAUGGUCUUUGCGAACUCAGUCCUGAUUCGCAGAUGGAAUUUCUAGCUUUUCCUGGACCGAAAUUGGGAAGCGUACAACUGACAAAUCUGAAGCAGUUGAGCCGUUCGUCGUCCGCCUCUCCGUUCUGCAUCAACGCUCAUCGGUCAGAAAUUGCCUGUAUGGCCAUAAAUCUGCAAGGAACACUGCUGGCCACCGCCUCUUCAAAAGGAACGUUGAUUAGAGUGUUCAGCAUCGUCAAACGAACAAAGUUAAUCGAAUUUAGAAGAGGAUCUGAUCCGGCGAAUAUCUACUGUAUCAAUUUCAAUCAGGAAUCUUCUUUCCUGUGCACUUCUAGCGACAAAGGAACGGUGCAUGUCUUCGCCAUAAAGGAUCCGUCAUUGAAUAGACGAUCAACGUACUGCAAUUGUACACUAUUGAUUUUCAUGAUCAUUGUGUCGUUGGACGGAGCUUUCCACAAAUUGACGUUCACCCUUGAAGGAUCGUGUAACCGUCAGUGCUUUGAACGAUAUCUUGGUGUUUCGGACGAUGCUGAGUUUUGGAAGAGUUGA